AUGCGGAGCAGCUUGUUUUCGGUUGCCGUAGCAGCAGCACUGCGAUUCUCAGCAGCGCUAGCAAGUGAACAUGACUUACACUUUUACCCGCUAGAAGCGCGAGAGGUCGGAGAGUUCGAAAUGCUAGGGCUUGUCCUUCGGGAUAUGGCCUGUGCUCUUCAAGUGGGAGAUGCUGCCGUUCUCCUGGAAGGUGCUGUAACGAUGGCACGUGUAUUGUCAGCGGGGAAACUUGCUGCUCAACUGGAGGCGCCUGCAGAGUUACACGGAAAUGUUGUGGAACCGGCUGUAUUCCGGAUUCCUCUGUCUGCUGCUCGAGUGAUGGUGAUUAUUGCGACGUCGGCUAUCUCUGUUGCCGGACUGGGUAUUGCGUCUUACCAGGUGGAGAAUGCUGCCGAGAUUGUAAACGGAACCUGCCGCCCCGGAUAUCGAUGUGUGAUCAAUAGCGCGGGCGUAAGAGGCUGCAGAGCGGGUACAAGCGGAGGCGGCGGUAGCUCCAUCGCUGCUGAACCCAGUUCAAGAGGAGACAGUGUUACCAAUCCACCAUCAACACGAACCCCAAUAACUACCCCAGCACCAGAUCCAACGACAGCCCCUCCAGUCGAAUACAGAUGGUUUACCACCACAAUCUAUUGGUAUUACUACUGGUACUAUUACGUCUGGGUUUCGACUAUUGAUUAUACUUCUACGAGAAGUUCGAGGACCUCGACGUCUACCACCGUUUCAGCUUAUGUUAGUGCUUUUAGUGCUGCUUCCAGAUCAUUUGAGUCUAUUGCAAGCGACUUGACCACAUCGACUCCAAGUCAAUACACAACAGAGUUUGAAGGCCCCACUCCGACACCCGUUGAGGCUACCACGUCGUCUGAAGCAUCGACUGCUGCCCCUACCCCUUCAAACACUGGAGGAAGUAACUCACCCGGCAACGAUAUAACAAAUGUUGGCGGCGGCGGAGAUAACGCCCCAAGUACUGCCUCGCAGUAUAGAGCGAGAGACGUAUUUGUAUUUGCGCCGAUUGUCUUCUUGUUGACAUUGAUUUAUACGUUAUGA